UGAGCGUGACGCUGGGAGCGAGCGAGGCGGUGGCACGGGCAGCUGCGCCGUUGCAGCAGUGCUCGCCUGUACAGUGCGCGGACAUGCUCAAGCUGUAUACGUCCAGCCAGGAGGGAGAGCGAGGGUGUGGCCGGAGCCAAGCGAAGGCGAAGGCGGAGGACGAGGCGGUCAAGACGCUCAAGCGCGGCACCGUCGUCCACGCCCAGUGUGUUCACUGCAAGGCCCAGCUCGAGUUCGUCCCUCCCUCCUCGACCUCGUCCGACACCUCGUUCCACCUCGAGUGCGCCCAGUGCGGCAACACCUGGAUCAACAAGCCCGCCAAGCCCCGACCACAGGGCAAGCGCAGGAUCGGAUCAGACGACAAGCCGCUCGAGACCGAGUACUACGAUCUUCUGGGUCUCCCGAUCACCUGCACGCCCGAGGAGGUCAAGAAGGCCUACCGUCGACUCGCCAUCAAGUUCCACCCCGACAAGAACCCCGAUGACCCGACCGCCGCCGACAAGUUCAAGGAGAUCGCCGUCGCCUACACGACCCUGUCGGACCCCAAGUUGCGCAAGCAGUACAACGAGUUCGGCAAGAGCCGCAAGGACGGCGGCGAGGCCGACGACAUGGUCGACCCGGAGGCCAUCUUCUCGACCCUGUUCGGCGGCGAGCGCUUCCAGGACAUCAUCGGCACCAUCUCGCUCGGCAGCGAGAUGAAGUCGGCCAUGCAGGCCGACGAGGACGACGACGACGAGUCGACCGCCGCCGCGAGUGGCAGUGCCGCGACCGCCGGCGGCAGCACGGUCGCGACGACGGUCGACCCCAAGACGGGCAAGCCCGUGACGACCAAGCCGGCGUUGACGCCCGAGCAGGAGGCGCGCAAGCGGGCCAAGGAGGAGCAGGAGGCGCGUGCGCUCGCCGAGAAGGCCAAGGUGCGCGAGCAGCGCGUCAAGCACCUCGCCGACAAGCUGCGCGACAAGCUCGCCCUCUUCAGCGAGCAGGCGUCGGGCGAGGAGGACGCUCAGAUCGCCGAGGGAGUGCGCACGAUGUGGACGAUCGAGGCUGAGGAGCUCAAGAAGGAGUCGUACGGCGUCGAGCUGCUGCACGCCGUCGGCCUUGUGUACACGAUGAAGUCCAAGCACUACCUCGCGUCGACCGGCCCGAUCCCGUUCGGCGUCGGCGGCUGGUUCCACGCGGCCAAGUCGACUGCGCACAUCUUCAACGCGACCGUGUCGACGGUGAGGAGCGCGUACGCGCUCAAGGACGUGUACGAGGCGAUCCAGAAGGCCGAGCAGAGCGGGUUGCCCGAGGAGGAGAAGCGCAAGCUCGAGGACAAGGCGGCGCAGAUGGGUCUUCACGCUCUCUUCAAGGGCGCCAAGCUCGAGGUCGAGUCGGUCGUGCGCGAGGUGUGCGACCGCCUGCUGCUCACCCUCGCGGCCGAGGAGGCCAACGUCCCGCUCGCGACGCUGCGGAAACGCGCCGUCGCGCUCGGCAUCCUCGGCGAGGUGUACUGCGCCGUGCAGAAGGACCCGAACGCGCCGGACGGCCCGCUCGGAGCGUUCGGCAUGGGCGGCGCGCCGCCGGCUUGAGGCGGGCUCCUUGCGGUGAACGUAGAUGGGUCCAUAGACGUGCAGUUGCAGUAUCACGCCCUCGCG